AGCCGCCGGACUGUGCAGGUGAACGGCCGCCGCCUGGGGAGACUCCGAGUAGGACGUGCCGGGAGCGGUGUGGCCACCGUCGGGAGGUGUCCGAACGCACGCCCGCCCGCGCGCCCGCAUUGAGCCCGGGCGCAUUCACCUGUGCUCGGCCCCGGCCCCGGCGCUCCAGGCACCAUGGGCUGCACGCUGAGCGCCGAGGACAAGGCGGCGGUGGAGCGGAGUAAGAUGAUCGACCGGAACCUCCGCGAGGAUGGCGAGAAGGCGGCGCGGGAGGUCAAGCUGCUGCUGCUCGGUGCUGGUGAAUCUGGGAAAAGUACAAUUGUGAAACAGAUGAAAAUUAUUCAUGAAUCUGGUUAUUCGGAAGAAGAAUGUAAACAGUACAAAGCAGUGGUCUACAGCAACACCAUCCAGUCAAUUAUUGCUAUCAUUAGGGCUAUGGGGAGGUUGAAGAUAGACUUUGGUGACUCAGCUCGGGCGGAUGAUGCCCGUCAACUCUUUGUGCUUGCUGGAGCUGCUGAAGAAGGUUUUAUGACUGCAGAACUUGCUGGAGUUAUAAAGAGAUUGUGGAAAGACAGUGGUGUACAAGCCUGUUUCAACAGGUCCCGGGAGUACCAGCUUAAUGAUUCCGCUGCGUACUAUCUGAAUGACUUGGACAGAAUAGCACAAAACAAUUAUAUACCAACUCAGCAAGAUGUGCUCAGAACUAGAGUGAAAACUACAGGAAUUGUGGAAACUCAUUUCACUUUCAAAGAACUUCACUUUAAGAUGUUUGAUGUGGGAGGUCAGAGGUCUGAGCGGAAGAAGUGGAUCCACUGUUUUGAGGGGGUGACUGCGAUCAUCUUCUGUGUGGCACUGAGCGACUAUGACCUGGUUCUAGCCGAAGAUGAAGAAAUGAAUCGAAUGCAUGAAAGCAUGAAAUUGUUUGACAGCAUAUGUAACAACAAAUGGUUUACAGAUACAUCUAUUAUACUCUUUCUCAACAAGAAGGAUCUCUUUGAAGAAAAAAUCAAAAAGAGCCCUCUCACUAUAUGCUAUCCAGAAUAUGCAGGAUCCAACACCUAUGAAGAGGCAGCAGCAUAUAUUCUUUAUCAGUUUGAAGACCUCAAUAAAAGAAAGGACACAAAGGAAAUAUACACCCACUUCACAUGUGCCACAGAUACCAAGAAUGUGCAGUUUGUUUUUGAUGCUGUAACAGAUGUCAUCAUAAAAAAUAAUCUAAAAGAUUGUGGUCUCUUUUAAGUUUUGCAGAUAGUGAUGAAACCCGUUUUCAAGCCAAAUGAGUACUUAUAUAUGGAUCUCUCUAGACUAGAGUCUUGCAGUGACACAGAGUAUAGUAUACAACCAAUGCAUCUGAACCUGACCAAAGUUGUUCUGUUUUGUGUGUUUAACUGAAAACAAUUCAGGGACCUUUUUAGCGGUAAUAAAAAUGGUCCUAGAGAGAAGGUCAUUGUUAAAGCUGGGCUCUAGUAUAUUGAUGAUUUCUGUGUAAGUGUAAAUAUGCAGAUGUAUGUAUAAUGUAUUUAUAACUUUAAUUUUCCAUAUGAGUUUUAGGAGUGGCAACCUUUAAUUCUAGUAUGAUGGCUUUGGAAAUAACAUAAAUAUUAAGUACCUUGUACCAAAUGACAGAUGAUUACUGAGUUUUCCAGUUUUAAAAAGCUUUAUUUAUGUUCCUGUUCUGUAAAUUUUUAGGUGUAGUAAUUAAUACUAGGAAAUGUCAUAGCCUGUAUGUAUACUUGUAUUCAUAAAAAUGUUAUUUGUACAAACAUUGCACAGACUAUUUUAAUAACAUGAUUUGUUCUUUGAAUUUAAUGUGUUUUAUUGAAAUGUUCUUAAAGAGGAUGAGUAUACCUGUCUUUUAGUCAAUUAUUUAAGCAUUAUGAGCAUUUUAAUUAUUGUUUUUCUUUUAAAGAGUGCAUGCUCCUCUGUAGGUUUGAAAAAUGAAAAUUUUAGAUUUUUUUGAGGAUAUACUAUCUUAGAUCACCAAUUCUUAAUUUUUAUUCAUUUUGUUGCUUUCACUUUGAAUUUUAAUAUCUGGAUGGUAUUCAUGCAUUUCCAUAAAGGUAAUGCCUGAUUAAUUUUAUACACUUUAAACAAUUGCAUUUUUAUUUAAAACUAAGUUUUAGGUGGACAUUGAGAGCAUUUUUGUGGGCAAAAUUUUUUAGCAUAAUGAAUUUUGAGACAUUCAUUUGUGUAUUUCCUUUGGGAAAUCCCUUAGUACUUCCUGUAUAUGAGAAUUCCUUAUUUGGAAAGUAUGGAGAAAGAUCUUUGAAUUCUCUAUUGCUGAUAUUAUGCAAGCUUUAAAUUCAUAUGUGUAACAAAUUUCACACUGUCAAAUUACUUUUUACUCUAAUUAAAUUUACUCCACUUGCUUAAAUGUGUAUUUCUUUAUGCUAUUAUUCCUGAGAAUUAUAUGGACAAUUGCAUUUAGAAAAUGAGUAAAAGUAUUUAACUAAAGCAGUGAUUAGAUGUAUGCUCUAGUAAGUAUUACAUAUCAGCUAGAUAUUAAAACUUGGUAGAAUCAUUUUUCUUUUCAUUAUUUACAGUGUGUCUUUGUGACCUUAUUUGGGUAAAAUGAACAGCAUUCCCUGCCCAUUUCCUGAUUUUUUUUAACUCAUCCUGAAAUCAGUCUUUCAGUAAACUAUGCUAGUAAGUAGUGACUAAAUUUGGUUAUGUGUUGUCAUUUUGUUUAAAAACAAGUAUGUUUGUUGAAGUAUGUGCCUAUAUGUGUAUCUGGAUAACAAUGAGGUACUUUCAUAUUGGUUUCAUUUGAGGGAUUUGUUUCCUUGUAAAGAAAUUCCAAGUUAUCAAAAUUCCUUAAGUGUUAGCUUAGAUUUUUUUAUGUGCCUUUCAUGAAAGCUAUGUUUCCAUUCAUUUUACUGAUGGAAGACCUGUAAGAUCCACAUUGUGUUAUUGUGUAUGAAAUUUAACUAUAAUGCAUAAAUUUGAAUGAUGAGAAAUAAGGUUUAAAAGCCACAAAGAAGCACAUAUUUGUGACCAUCAUUGGAUUCCUCAACUCUAUUAUGUGUAAUUGUGUUACUAACAAAUCCUAAUAAAUUUAAAUUUUUAAAAUUUUA